GGCGGGGUAGAGCCAGAGGCGGGGCCGAGCCGGGCGGUCAGUGGAUCGCCUGUUGGCUGCUGUUCCCAGCCAUGGCUGCGCGCUGCUCGCGCUGGGUACGCUUGUCCGUGUGGACUGGAACCCGGCCGCCUUCCGCUAGGAGAACCCUGGCCCCAGGCUUCCACCAGCAGUUCUCCACUCAGACGACCCCCCAGAUCUGUGUGGUGGGCAGUGGUCCAGCCGGCUUCUACACAGCCCAACACUUGCUAAAGCACCACACCCAGGCCCAAGUGGACAUCUAUGAGAAGCAGUUCGUGCCUUUCGGGCUGGUGCGCUUCGGGGUGGCGCCCGACCAUCCUGAGGUGAAGAAUGUCAUCAACACGUUUACCCAGACAGCCCGCUCUGAGCGCUGUGCCUUCCGGGGCAACGUGGUGGUGGGCAGGGAUGUGACGGUACCGGAGCUGCGGGAGGCCUACCAUGCCGUGGUGCUGAGCUAUGGGGCGGAGGACCACCGCGCCCUGGGGAUCCCCGGUGAGGAGCUCCCUGGCGUGUGCUCAGCCCGGGCCUUUGUGGGCUGGUACAACGGGCUUCCCGAGAACCAAGAGCUGGCACCGGACCUGAGCUGUGACACUGCUGUGAUUCUGGGGCAGGGGAACGUGGCUCUGGAUGUGGCCCGGAUCCUGCUGACCCCCCCUGAGCACCUGGAGAAAACAGACAUCACGGAAGCUGCCUUAGGGGUGCUAAGGCAGAGUCAGGUGAAGACGGUGUGGAUAGUGGGCAGGCGUGGGCCCCUGCAAGUGGCCUUCACCAUUAAGGAGCUUCGGGAGAUGAUCCAGUUACCAGGAACCCGGCCCAUUUUGGAUCCUGCAGAUUUCUUGGGCCUCCAGGACAAAAUCAAGGAGGUCCCCCGUCCGAGGAAGCGGCUGACAGAACUGCUGCUUCGCACGGCCGUGGAGAAGCUGGGGGCGGAGGAAGCUGCCCGGCAGGCUUCGGCCUCCCGUGCCUGGGGCCUCCGCUUUUUCCGAAGCCCCCAGCAGGUGCUGCCCUCUCCAGAUGGGCAGCGGGUGGCAGGCAUCCGCCUGGCAGUUACCAGACUGGAGGGUGUUGGUGAGGCUACCCGGGCAGUGCCCACAGGAGAGACGGAGGACCUCCCUUGUGGGCUGGUGCUGAGCAGUGUUGGGUAUAAGAGCCGUCCCAUCGACCCCAGUGUGCCCUUUGACCCCAAACUCGGGGUCAUCCCCAAUACAGAGGGCCGGGUUGUGGAUGCGCCAGGCCUCUACUGCAGUGGCUGGGUGAAGACGGGACCCACAGGUGUCAUUGCUACCACCAUGACCGACAGCUUCCUCACCAGCCAGGCGCUGCUGCAGGACCUGAAGGCCGGGCUGCUCCCCGCUGGCCCCAGGCCUGGCUACACAGCCAUCCAGGCCCUGCUCAGCAGCCGAGGAAUCCAGCCAAUCUCUUUCUCAGACUGGGAGAAGCUGGAUGCUGAGGAAGCGUCUCGGGGCCGGGACUCUGGAAAGCCUCGGGAGAAGCUGGUGGAUUCUCAGGAGAUGCUGCGGUUGCUCGGGCACUGAGCCUGGAUCCCAGCCCUGUCAGGGAAGGGAAGAAGAGUUCUGUGCAGAGGAGGGGUCCUGGGUCAGUCCGGGCUGGACCCUGCCCUAGUUAUGGUGUGCCUGCCCCGGCUGGGGGACUUUGCUGCUGCUCUUUUCAACGAUCCUCUCAGCACUGCCUCCCGAGACCGUCGUCCUUGCCGGUGUGGGUUAGCCCGAGGAGGUGACCUUAAGUUAGGGAGGGGCGGAGGCGCAGGCUGGCCCUACCCUUUUCGCCUCUCUCCUGCUGGACUUUGCAGGGCCACUGGGCCGGGAAUAUGUUGGAAAUAAAACAGCUGAAACCAAG